AUGUUGCUAGUUUUUUAUUUAUUGAUAGAACACAUAUUUGCAUAGAUAGGAUCACUUGAAUUAUUCCCCACAAUUAAUACAAUACAAGCAUCAACCACUUACGAAUUGAAAUUUUAAUUGCAAUAGCAAAUGCCAGUCAAUUCAAUAAUUACGAUCGAUUUCACAAAUACAAAUAUUAUUGUGGUUGAUGGAACACUAACCAAAUGCACAGGAUCAAUUUACUUUACUUCAGUUAGCACAGAUUACACAUGUAUGAUUUAUAAGUAAUAAAAAAGAAUGCACAUGCACUUCCAAAAAAUGCUCAAUUAAAAUAUCACAAAGUGUGGCUUCAGCUUCUUUAUAUCUGUUGAAAUUUGGACAAUUAACAAAUCCAAGUUUUGUGAAGCCUUAACAAGUCUAAUUGACAAUAGAUUUCGUGAACAAUUAGUAAACACAAUAAUACACGGUUGACGUAUAUUAGGCAGGAGAUCUCUCUCUGACUCAACUAACACAAUCAUCAUUUAAAGUAUAUGAUUUGGAUGACAUCAAAUUAACAGUUUAAAGUUAGCAUAGUAUCGAAUAAAAUGGACAAUUAAUAAUAACAUUCCCAUCUCAAAUCUAAUUUAGCAAACUCUCAGUCAAUGUUGAAGUUAAUUCAAAUAAUCAUACUGGUACUGUAGCAAUAUCAGGAUAAUCAGUCACUGUAACAAAUAUAUUCUCAACGCAAGUCGAUGCCACCACAUAAUUCAUUAUAUAGUAAUUAUUACUCUUAUUUUCCUAGUUUGUUAAAUGUCUAAAAUUAAGAGUCUGUUAGAAAUAGUAAUUAGAUACUCAUUUAGACUGCUACUCAAUAUGCAUAUUUGAUUGAUUCAUUAGGAUUUUAAAUACAGACAAAAACACCUGAAAAUAUUUAAAUCAAUUUUCUUAACACUCAGAAUACGUAAACAGUCAACUAAAUUGCAACAUUUUAAUUUACUUUAUAGCCAGUUCUUAAAUUUACCAAUGGAGGCUAUUUAGAGAUCAAAUUUCCAUCUGAACUUAUCAUUCAAUCAAAUAUGAGCUGCCAAAGAAUUAUAGGUCUAACUACUGUAAGUGGUACAAGUUAUUCUUGUGGAUAUACAGGAUAAAAUGUAAGAACCUACAAUUUGCAAUAUCCCAAUUCUGCUAACUCUAUGAUACUGACUGUGAGUAACAUUAAAAACCCAUCCUCUACUAAACCAACUUCAACUUUUGAAUUUAGAACCUAUGAUUCAGACGGAUAUCUCAUGUGUGUCUCUAGUUCUGAGGCUAAAUUCACAGCGACCAAUGAUAAACUAAUCGCCAGUGUCACAAGAACUACCACCACAGUCGCUCUGUAGUCUCAGUAUAGCAUUUUAAUUAACAAUACAAAUCCUGUUCCCAAGAACGGUUAUCUGAAUAUUAACAUAGGAACUCAAGCUAUAAAAUAAACAAUCCAAUAACUAAACUGUUAUGACUAAUCAAAUGUUUAAAUUAAUUGUUAAUUUUUAACUGACAAAACAAUAUCAAUUCAAUUAACUUCAUAAUUGGCAGCAUACACUGCAACAACCAUAGUACUCUAAUACUUAAACAAUCCCAAUUUCGUAAUUACUACAACAUCAGACUUUGAAGUUGAUACAUUAGAUGACACUAAUUUCUUAAUUGACUAACUCUAAAAUGUAGAAAUUAAUCCAUCUCUCACCCCUAAUACUAUUUUAUCUAUUGUUUACUAUAGAAACAAUGAUAAGUUAACUGAAUCCUCCAUUUUAGAUAUUGGUUCAAUUACACAAGUAAAUCUCUAAUUCUAAAUUACAUCAUAAUAUGUUAUUUCUAAUGAUGGAAAUACCAUUAUUGAUUUAAAUGGGUAUUACUAUCUGAAUCCUGAUGAAACCAUAACAUGCACAUAAAUAAUCAAUACUAAUUCUUACUCUAAAAAUUGUGAAAUUCUCUCCUAUGUUGUUUAAACUGAUCCCAAAAUCAAUUACAUAUCUAAAGUCAAAAUCCCUAAUAUAAUUUUAGAUGGAAAUAAUGUGAUCAACAUAAUAAUAGCUGGAUUUAGAUCUGAAUUGUAUUCUGGGCAAUUUACUCAUCAAGUGACUGUUCAAGUGUAUACCUUAAGCAAUUAAUUGGUAUCUACAGGUUAUAAUGAAUUAGGAAAUACCAAAAUUAUUAAUAAGAUUGUUCAAUUGUCUCAAUUAUCUAUCAAAGCUGAUUCUCAGAUAACUGGCAAGUUGACAUAAUACACAAUCAAACACACUCUAAAAUACCCUAUAGAUAUCAAAUCUAGGAACUCCUAUCUGGAACUGAUAUUACCACAAGAUUUAGGAGUGGAUAAGAUGAAUAGUUGUUUAGUCACUAUUAAUACAAACACUCUAGAAUGUGUCAUUAAUGGCAACAAAGUUUAAAUUUAUUCUAAUAUCAAUCCCUAUUAAUAAGAUUAAGAGUUGAUAAUCACAUUAAACCAAAUUAGAAAUCCUUAUUCAACUGCCCUCACCAGUAAUUUUUUAUUAUAAUACUAUUAUAAUAACAUCGUUUCAAUAGAAAGCACUCAAAACUAUUAAGUAACCUAACCCAAUUAAUUACAAGUCUAAAUUGAUAGAACAGUUAAGUUAGUUAAUCAAAAUUCCCAAUUUACUGUAUCAAUAACUUUAGUGAAUUAAGUGUAAAAUUUAAUGUAUUUGAUGAAACUACCUACAGACUAAUAUGUUCCUGAUUAAAUUUCAAUCAAAUAAGGUGAUAAAAUAUUGGCUGCAUUGCUUGACUCAUCUGAAAAUGGUUAACUUAGUAUUAAAUUCAAAGAGGAUUUGUGUCCUUGUUAGAGUGGCUAGCAACUCAGCUUUAGCAUUACUGGUUUCAGAAACCCUAUAGUGUCCUCUAAUAGUGUUGCUCAAUUGCAACUUUUAGAUGAAUUAAAUAAUAUUUACGAAGAAAAUAAAUCAAUUUCGUUUCCACCAAUAGAAUCAGGUAAGAUUUCCAUUACAUCAAUGACAUAAAGUGCUCAAUAGUUGAAUUAAUAAAACGUCAUAACUAUUAGUAUCGCUAACGAUACUCCUUAUGUUAGUUCUAUUCUUAUUAUUGAAUUUAACCCAGACAAUUUGCCAUUCAUACAAAAUAAUAAUAUUAUCAUUACUUUGAAUAAUAACUAAAUAUCUUGUACAAUUGAUCAAUCAAAGUAUUAAAUUACUUGUUAGAAUGUAGAACUUAAAGCUACUAAUACAAUUAAAUUAUCUAGUAUCAAUUCAAUAAAAUGGCUUAAAACUACAAAUUAAUGUCUGAUUUCAAUAUCCUCUUAUGUGGGUAGCCAAUUACUUGAUUCAAUUUCUUAAGUGAAUUGCAAUUCAUUGUUAAAUUUCCCAAUUCAAAGUUUUGAUUCAACUAUAUAAAGAUCAGUAAGAAUCCUAAGUUAAAACACUGAUUUAAAUAUUUAAUUUAAUCAUGAAACAUCAAAAUUUGUAACGAUCAAGUUACCUCUAGCUGAAAUAGCUAAUGAUCCAUCCUUCAAUUACAAUGAAAAAUUAAUUCUAAAGUCAUAAGUAACAACUGACUCCAAGUUUUUAAUAUUAUCAUUUUAGUUUGACAACACAAAUACAAAUAAUUAGAUUAAUUUUAAUUUAUUAAGUUUAUAGAAUGCAAACGCAAUCCCACAAUCCUAAGUAAAUUAUAUCAUAGAACUAUCAUCAGAUGGCUAAACUGUAAGUUAUUAAAGUAGUAAUUAUAUUACUCCUGUAUUGAUUUGCUAAGGCUCUUAAUGUUCAGAUUAAUAAUUACUAAUUUUAGCAUUCAGCAAGAGCACUUCAUUAAUAUCCUCUCCCACUGAUGUUAAUAUUAAUAUACAACUCCCUUCAGAGUUGAAAUAUUUAACCCUUCUAUAGGUAUCAAUGACAGAAACUGCUUUGACAGGAUCAUCAGUUUGUUAUUUAAAUAAUACUGUUGUAAAUUGCUAAAAAUUAUUGAAGGAUCAAUGUACAUUAUGUGAUCAAACAUAAAUUUUAUUAACGUUGAAAAAUCUGGUUAAUGCGGAUCAAUAUAAUUAAUUGGAAAAAAUAUGCGUAAGCAUUUAAACUGAAUUUGAAUAAAUCUAAACAUGCUCUAGUUUUUCAUUGGAAUAUAACUAUUUGUUGGAUGUGAAAAAUAUUAAUUGGAGUUAGAAUACAUUUUAUAGUAAGAAUGCUCAAUUGGACUUUGAUGUGUUAUUCUCGUCUCCUUUGAACAACAAAUACUAAAAUUAUUUGAGCUUUGCAAAUACAAAUGAUUAGAUUGAUUUCAGUAAUAGUAAGGUUACAUUUGAUGAUGCUCAAAUUCGCAGCACUUAUCAAAACAAUUAGUUAAAUCUACAGAUAUGCGAAUAGGGUUGCCAAUAAAAUAAAAAUUACAAAAUUUAAAUCUCCUAAGUUUAAUUCAAAGACUAUAGUUAUUCAAAAGAUGAUUAAACUAUUUUCAAAUUGAGCAGAGCUGAUUAAUAGUUAGAACAAUCAAAUAACAUAUAACUAUAUCCAACAACACUCAACAUGAACCAAAUUACUUUGACUGCUACAGCAUUAGAUUAUGUUCAAUUGAGUUAUUCAUUAUCUUCUGUUGUCCCAUACUAAAGUGAUUCAACCAUAAAAUUUAGGUUUCUCAAUAACAAUUGUGUUUCUUCAGGUAAGAUAGAUUCAAUUCAUAAUUCAACAUGUUCUUUAAAAAACAAUGCCAUAGUUCAAGUUUCCCUAAUACAUAAUAAUCAAAUCACUCAUCAAAGUAAUGAGAAGAUUAUAUUGACUGUGGCAUCUGAAAAUUGUCCGGUUCCAUACUUAUUUUAUUAAGAUAGUUGUUUUUUAAAAUGCCCAAGUUAAACAUAUUAGGAUGAUAAUACGUGUUAUCAAUGCACUUAAGAGAAUUGUCUUUAAUGCAAUAAAUCUGAAUGCUCAUAAUGUAAAAUGGGUUAUUAAUUGAAGAAUAACGUAUGUGAAUAGAUAUGUUAUAUUGAUAAUUGUUAAUAGUGCAGCUUUAGUGAAUCUACUUAGAAUUGUAUAUCAUGUGUAACACCAUUUGAAUUGUAUCAAAAUUAAUGCAGAAUGUCAAAUGAUUGUUAAAUUGAGAAUUGCUCUGUUUGUUAGAUUAAGAACUAAUAACUUAAUUGUGUCUAAUGCAAUCCAGACAAAUAUAAAUAUAAAACUAAUUGUUUAGAUACCUGUCCGUCAGGCUAUUAUGAUAAUGAAAACAAAGAUUGCGUAGUUUGCUCAUUAGGGUGCAGUUCAUGCAAUUCCUAAGAAUGUUUGGAAUGCUAAACCUAGUAUAAUUUAACAAAUAAAAUAUGUCAAUGUAAAAUUGAAGGAUGCUAAACAUGCAAUUCAAUUGAUAUUUGUGACAAAUGCAAUGAAGAUUUUGGCAUUUAUUUUAAGAAUUAAUGUCUAAAGGAUUGCCCUUCAGAAUACUAUGAAAAAAACAAAACAUGUUUAUAAUGCAAUUCUGAAUGCAAAACAUGUGAUAUCAAUGGCUGUCUUUCGUGCAAAGAAAAUUACUAUUUGGAAGGUUCUAAAUGCAUUCUAAAGUAAUGCACUAGUAAUUGUUUGAGCUGUGAUAAUAAUACAACUUGUAAUGAGUGCUCUCCUGGAUAUAGAGUUGAUGGCAAUCUAACUUGUAUUUAAGUAAAAAAUGAACCAUAUUUUGGAGUGGCCUCAUCUGUAUUAUUAGCUAUUCUUGGAGUUGCAAUUUGUUAUUAAGUUGUCUCAUUGAUCUUACCUCCAAAACUCCCCAUAUUUCCACAAGUAAUUCUGUCAUCUAUCUUGGCAUUCUCAUUUUUAUAGACUAUAAGCAAUUGCAUGCUAUUAUUGUAUGCUUACAUCAACUAGGUUUAAAUUGAAUUCAUCUUAGCUUCAAUUCUUUUCAGCAUCAAUAAUAUAUAUUACUCUUAGACCUAUAAUAGUAUGAACAAUCCCUUGUUAUCCUUUAUCACAUCAGGUACUUGGGCUAGAAUUCCAUUACUCAAAUUCAAAUUUUUAAGCAAGUAGAAUCCUCAACAAUACACAAAUUAUUCACUCAUCAGACAAAUAGAUAAAUACAAUCACAUAGUCACAAGUUGUUUGUCAAUUAUUAUUGACGUAGUUGUGAUUUCAUUAUAGAAUACAAGUGAAAUCCCUUACAUUGGAUACAUAAAAUUAUUCAUAGAUUUCAUUUUAGUAUGUAGUUUUACAUUAGAACACAGAUUAAUCUGA